GUUCGGGAGAGCCUAGUGACAGUUUACCUGCCGUUGAAACACCUGGAGAUGAUGGCGCGCUGGCUGCCCCCUUUUGGCUUCGCAGUUCAGGCUGAGAACGUGGCACUGCCCGUGGCGGAACGCUGGCUGCCCUUGUUCCCGAGCUUUGGUAGCUGCGCCAAGUGCCGCGGCUGCCCGGCUGCGCAGAGCACGUCCAACGUGCCAGAGAUGCCUGCCUGGGCCUUGCAGCUGGACUCGGUGGACCGGCUUCUUGGCGUGCUGGCCGUGGCGUUGUUGCACCCAGCCGGUGCUUCCGGUGCUUCCGGUGCUUCCGGUGCUUCCGGUGCUUUGGGUGCCUUGGCUCUGCUGCUCUGGCCGCUGGUCUCCGUGCUCCUUCGCCUUCGAUGUGCAAGCGGAAGUUCUGGAAGCGCAGUUUUCUUUCCAGCGUCCUUUGCCCAGGAAGUCACGGGCGGCCGACGAGAGCCACAUGUUCUUCCUGCCCUUCCCUGGGGCGAUUACACGAAUUACACGAUGCCUUGGCUUCAGCUGGUCUUGGGUUUGGGCCUCUUCCUACGCUGCGAGACAGAGACAAGACGCCUUCACAGCUUUGCUUCCUUUGCUUCAGUGAUGGACGUCUUCUGUAGUCUAUUUGUUCUUUGGCGUGGCCUCCUCAGAUGUUUGGCGGCCUUACGGUUACUUUUCUGGCACAUUUCUUCCAGGAGGUCACUGAGUCGUGGGUGGUUGGGGCUUUAUCUCCGCCGCGAGUGGCAGCAACAGCCAAGCCUCAUCGUCCUGGGGACACCAAACACCUUUCAAGAUUAUCCUUAUCCUGAUUUUGGGAUUGUCCAGGCAGUUGACAGAGCCCUCGACAGACACGAAGCACCGCCCUUGUUGCUGGUCGUCCGGCUGCUGGGCUUGCAAUUAUCCGCCCUGCAAAGCCCGGAAGUCGGUGGUGGUGGCAACGGCAGCCAAGAAGGCCCCAACACAAACCAGCGACGCGUGGCUGGGCUGCGAAAGCUCCUGGUACUCUUUGAGCCGUGCCCGCCCGGGCUCACCGAUGUGCGGCCCAACGAAGAGGCGCAGCCAAAGGUCCGCCUGUCUGAGAGGUACAAGAGCAGCAAGGACAGCAUGCGGGAUGUCAUUCCUGUGGCCAUUACCCGGGCACAGCUCGUCGGUGCAGAGGAACUUCCCCAGCUGGUUGCUACACUCCAGGUGGUCAACCACCUUGGCCGACCCUGGUCUUGCUCUCAGCAUGAUUCCUUCUUCUCUCUUUUCCUGCCAUGGGGCUUGGACUCUCGUAAGCCCGCGGCCACAAGUCAACCCUCACCGCCGAAUGUUGUGGAUGCUCGCAAGGCUGAACCUCGUCAGUGGAAGUACUGGAGGAAUGAAACGCUUGAAAGCACGAAGCUGGUGGGCACCUGGCAAUCCCAAGUUCUUUCCUGGUUGGACCAAGAGCUUGCAGCUGGAAGCCUCGUGGGGCACGGGAUUCUGGACCUUCUGUUUUUUGCCCGCAAUCCAGAUCGUGGGGCCUUCAAAGAAGAGGUAGAUAAGCUUCUGGUGCCUGGCAUCUUCUCCGAUGAUUGCUUGGGGACCAAGCGCUUUUGUGACUCGCGAUGCUUCAGAGAAGGCCGGGUGUUGCACUAUAUCAUCGCAUCUUCUGACUUGAAGCCUGGGCGCCGUGCCUGGCGCCCGGAUCCUCUUGGAGCUCACGCCGCCAGCCUUUUCCUUUCAUCGAAUUCCUCCAGCUAUUCCAGCGUCUCCAGCCCUUCGGGCGACGAGGAAGAGAAAAACUUCUGGAGGCCUUGCUUGCUUCGGCUGAACUCGCGGCAGAUAACCUAUGUCCUGCGAAAGGCCGAUGAAGGAUCCCUUGCCUGGUCUGAGCCAGUGUCACGAGAUCAUGGCGAUGCCUUCGAGUACCGUAUUCCGUUUGUGUUCCUUGAUCGUAUUGAGGUCUCCCGUGGGCUACGUGGGCGCGAAGAUGACGAAUGUUUGCUGACCCUUCAUGGCCUGUCGAGUACGCCAACCUCAAGCAAUGCCACGCCGUCUCCCCGGAUGGAAAACCCAGAGCACCCGGAGGGCGCUUCGGAGGGCCUUUCGGACCCGCAGGCUGUACCAAGCGCGCCAGAGUCUGGCGUGCCCACAAGCGUGCCAAGCGUGCAAAACCCCUUGACCCUGACGCCAGAGCCUCAAACGAGCCCUCACGCAAGCCCUCGAACGAGCCCUCGAACGAGCCCUCGGAGAAUGAGCCCUCGAGCGCAUCCUCAGCCUCCGGUGCAGCUGCCGCUGGUCUUCCGGGUCAGCAAGAGCGAUGGAGAGGUUUGGGCGCAGGUGAUUGAGGAGUACGGGAUGUUCACACCUCCACUUCACAUCCUCCACUACAUCGGAGAUGUUGCAGAUCACCCACGGCUGCCAACGGUUGUCUACCGCCACGGUGAAGGGGACCAGCUCUGGCCCGAUGGGACGCGAUACCUGGGCCAGUGGCAAAACCACACCUACCAUGGCCAAGGCCAGCUGCUGGUAGUCGGGCGGGAAGAGGGCCUUUUUGCUGUUUUCGGCGGGCGGGGCCUGCCGGUUUGGCUCUUGUUUUUCUCCCGUCCUGGGAAGGGGGAAACUCUGGCGCUUUUUUGUGCCUUCCGGAGGGCGGGCCUCGCAGCCAAGAAACUCUGCCGGCGUGGCUCUUGCUUCUAUUUGGUGUCUUUCGGCGUGCCCCGCAGCUGGGAAGUGGUGUGGCUCGUGUUUGCUUCCGGCAGGUGGUCCUUGCAAGCGGGAAACUCUGGCCUCUUCUCGGGGCUUCCGGCUGCUGCAGGGAAGCAGUGGCCAUUGUUUGUGGCGGGCCCCGUUAUCUACAAGGGCCAGUGGGUCCAAGGCAUGAAGCACGGCGAAGGCUUCUACCACUUUCUCCAGGAGCAUUCCGUCCCAUCAGCGAACGAAGGUCCUGCACACACUGAGAUGAUCUCUUUGGCCUACAGCGGCCGCUUCCACCGUGAGGAGUUUUCUGGUCACGGAAUUCUUUGGGUUGUGGAAGAGGACGGUAGCCUGGAAUGGGUCAAGAAGCACCGACCUUGGGCAAUUACUCGCUAUGAAGGCCAGUUCUCCGGUGGGUCCAGCGAUGUUCGUGAACCUCGGAGCUUGAUAUUGGUGGACGAAAGGGACCGCGUGGCACUGCAAGAGCAUUUCCCACUGCUUCCGAAUGAAUCCGGCGUGGGGCCUCAUCAAGGACCUGGAAAAGCUCCCAAAGACUUGGCAGCCGAGAUGUACGGUCUGGAUGCGGCGGACCUCCAACAUUGUGGGCCUGACCAGGACUCUGAGGUUUGGUAUGCUGACGGCACGCGCUACCACGGGCCCUGCCUGGCGGGUGCCGUGCCGCACGGCGAUGGCGGAACGCUCUGGGAGGAGGCGGGGCUCUGCUUCGAGGGCCGCUUCCACCAUGGCCUCCGCGCGCCAAACGGCCGGGCCUCGCUGCCGAACGGCCGCUCGGAAGAGAAAGAGGUUCAAAAGAAGGAGGGCGGCCGUGGCCCCAGACUGGGUCGCAUCGACUUCUGCCUUUUCACCUUGGAGUUGAUGGCUUCUGUGGUGCGAGCUCUGCACAGCAGCUGUGAAUUUGGUUCUCCAAGCAAUUCAAGCUUCUUUGGCACUCUCGAGAAGGGCGUGGAGGCACGGGUCGAGAGGUCCCUGGGCUCGAUGAAGAACCACCUUGAAGUGCAGGGUGUGGGUGUUGGUGCUGCUGGCCGGCUGCUUUCCGCUUGUGCAGGCUCUGUGGCCGUCGGGCUGAUCGUCACUCCCCUGGACGUGGCCAAGGUGCGGAUGCAGGCCCAGGCUUCGAAUGCUUCGCAUGCUUCGCAUGCCUCGUGCCGCUUCUUCGUCUGUGGGAAUGGCAUUACAGACCACACCUUUGACAAGCAGUGUGAGAUGUGGCAGCACGUCUUUAAGAAAGGAGGUGGCCGUGGUGGCCCCGGUAUGCUGAGAACACUGCGAAGUAUCUACAGGGAGACGGGGAUGAAAGGGCUCUACGCUGGGCUUCCCGUCACGAUGGUCAUCGCGGUCCCCGCGAACGUCCUGUAUUUUGCCACUUACGAGGCCAUGCGGGACUGGCUCCUUCUGCACCACCCUGGUGGUUGUGGUGUUGCCGGCGCAUGCGGUCCAGGAAUUGUGGCUCCUCUGAUCGCCGGCGGAUUUGGUCGUGCCGUAGCCGUCAGUGCAUGUGCUCCCCUGGAGGUGGUCAGAACCCGCAUGCAGGCUGGCAACAUGACGGCCCGACCCAGCAUUGGAGCAGCCCUCAAGGACAUCCUGAGAAAUGAGGGCCCGCGAGCCUUGUUCCGUGGACUGGAAAGCACCCUCUGGCGGGAUGUGCCCUUCAGUGCCUUCUACUGGCUCGGGGUCGAGGCUGUUCGCGACUCGCUGCUGAGAAGGGGCGCCUGGCGGGACUCGAGCUAUCGGAAUACCUUGGUGGCCCUGGUCGCCAGCUCCACGGCGGGUGCGGCUGCGGCUUGGGUGACCACGCCCUUUGAUGUCGUGAAGACCCGGCGCCAGGUCCAGGCCCAUGCGGGAAUCCGGCAAAUGGGCCUCUGGCGUGACCUGGUGUCCCUUACCCAAAGGGAAGGGGCCUCAGCACUCUUCGUUGGAAGCACUCCUCGUGUGGUGCGGGUAGCGCCCGCCUGUAGCAUCAUGCUGGGGACCUACGAGCUCACAAAGCAACUGCUAGCCAAGCAGAUGUAG